AAGUCAAGAUCAUCUUUACCGGCAGUCAAAAUUUAUCUGAGUGAAGCUACUCCCGUUUAUGUUUAUAUUCAAAAACCUAAAUUGCUGCCCUCUAUUGUGGAAAGACCAGAUCGACCUCUUGAAACCACCUCCGACAAGAUAGAAAAUGAGCAAAUGAAUCAGUCUGGGCACCAGGUUGACAGAGUCAUGAAAGACCUGAAACAACUGAAAAACAAACUGAACACAUCAGGUGAACAGUUUGCGGAAGAUUUGAUUGACUCGGCUAAAUCAAAAUGCCCGGACGAAGAUCUUGAAGCUAAACAGUCGUGGGAACUUUCCAGAACAAUCUAUAGACAUGGAGAUAUCUGGGAGAGCUUUGCAAAGCUACAGAAAGAACAGAAUCUGAAUCGGAAGGAAAAUGAAAGUCUUACUGAAGAGAACAAGCUGGUGGUGGCACUGAAAGAAGCUGAAACAGCAUCCAUCGCUGCAGAAAACCAAGUGGCAACGCUAAAAAAUUCCAUUGUAGAAUUAAUCCAGAUGAAUCAGCUUUCAACCUCGGCAUGUAACAGACUAGCCGGAGGGAAGGACUUGCUUGGGGAGAAGGUGGAGAGUUCCAUCGUCGCUAAUCAAAGGUUACAACAGGUCCUGGAGGAUUUGAGGGCUCGAACGCCACGUAUGGAUUGUACCAACACGCAGAUGGAAGGCUUGACUCAGAAGUUGACAAGAAGUGAAUCAAAAACGAUCCAUUUAAAAGAUAAACUCAUAGAAGCGGAGAGAAAUGCUAAAGAAGCCUUAGAGGUCCGCCAGAAAGAAAAGGAUAACUCGCUCUUUGCAAAGCAGCUUUCAAAAUCUGUUGAAGAAACAAGAGCACGUCUACAGAGCCAGCUUAGGAAUAAAGAAGCUGAGAGUGACAGAUUGUUAGCGCAAACACUUAGAUCUGAGAGGACAGUAAUUGGCCAGCAGUUGCAGAUUGAGUGCCUCCAGGCACGGUUGGCAACUGCGAAGGAAAAGGCCAAAGAGGACAAAACUGUUUUAAAGAAGGCAACACGAACUCAAAAAAGAAGAGCGGAGAGAUUUGAAGCUACUGUAGGAAGCCUUCAUUCUCAGAUAAAAGACAAGGAACUGAAGUUAUUCGAGGCACAUAGGACCGUUGAUACCUGGAGCAAACAGUACAGUGCUGCAGUUGACAGCAAGGCCCAAUUAGAAACUAAAAUUAUCUCACUCUCCAGGAGGGUGGAUGCCGUAAAAGAGCAGCUUACGAAAGGCACAGAAAGAGCCAAAUUGACAAGCCACAACCUUCUGGACAAAAUGCAUGCCACCAGUUUGGAAACGGCCAGUCUCCAAAUGGAAAAUGCACAACUAAAGGCCUCGCUAACAGCUUUGGAAGAGAGAGCAGUAAUAACAGCAACAGAACUGAUGCAGCUCCAAGCCAAAGCCAAAGCCAAACAACUGGAGGAGGCUGUUGUGCAAUACGAAACUCGGGUAUUAAACAUUUAUCCAGCCAAACCCAGCUGUUUAUGA